CUCGGACGCACGCCGCGUUACACCACCAGAGUCCCACCAUUUGGAUAAUAUCACAAUAUCUGCUGGGGGACGUUUUUAUUUCGAGCUCCAUCGGAGAAAGCGUGUGAUCGGCGGUGCACUCAGGAGCACACUCAUGCCAGACGGGGCAGGACUAGGAGUAAAAACACUUUAACUGGGACAGCGUGGAGGCGAGCAUCACGUUCGGCUGGUGGAGCAAGGACCAAAAACUCAGGGAUAUGUCCAACCACAGUGGAAGAGGUGGAAUGUUUGUUAAUGGACGUCCACUUCCGGAGGUGAUCCGGCAACGCAUUGUGGACAUGGCCCACCAGGGGGUUCGGCCCUGUGACAUCUCGCGGCAGCUUCGAGUCAGCCACGGCUGCGUCAGCAAGAUCCUGGGUCGCUACUAUGAGACAGGCAGCAUCAAGCCUGGUGUGAUUGGUGGCUCCAAGCCCAAGGUGGCCACCCCAAAAGUUGUGGAGAAGAUUGCAGAGUACAAGAGGCAGAACCCCACCAUGUUCGCAUGGGAAAUCAGAGACCGGCUGCUGGCAGAGGGAGUGUGUGACGGCGACACAGUGCCCAGCGUGAGCUCCAUUAACAGAAUAAUCCGAACAAAGGUCCAACAACCGUUCAAUCUGCCUCUGGAUGGAAAAGGCCUGAGUCCAGGACAUACCAUAAUCCCCAGUUCAGCUGUCACCCCUCCUGAAUCUCCUCAGUCGGACUCCCUGGGCUCCACCUACUCCAUCAGCGGCUUGUUGGGUAUCCCCCAUCCCAGCGCCGAGGGCAAGAGGAGCCACGAUGACAGUGAUCAGGACAGUUGUCGGCACAGCGUGGACUCUCAGGGCAGCGGGGGCGUCCCGAGAAAACAGAUGAGAGUGGAUAAUUUCUCAGCAGCCUCGCAACAUCUGGACUGCGGGUUUGAGCGUCACCCCUACCCACCGGACUCAUUCAGCUCAGCUUCCAGCAGCAAGACAGAGCAGACUUUGUACCCACUUUCCCUCAUCAAUGGCAGCCUGGACGAGGCCAAGACCAGCCUCUCAACAUCCAGCUCCACCAUUGGACGGAAUCUGUCAGCACACCAGAGCUACACCAUGGUGACUGAGCCCCUACAGCCACUGCCGCUCUGUCUAAAACAGGAAAUGUCCCCAGAAGUGACCAGCACAAGCCCCUCCCCAAACCUGGCAGCAUCCAACCUGGCGUUCAUGGAGCUGCAGGCGCUGCAGAAACCUGUUUCUGUCAGCAGCAGCUGCAGCUCCAACCAUUUCCCCAAUGCAUUCAACUCAUUCUCCCAUCAUGCACCAGUGUACGGGCAGUUCAGCGGUCAGUCUGUCAUCUCAGGGCGUGACAUGGUGAGCUCCACCCUGCCAGGUUACCCACCUCACAUCCCCUCCCCUGCCCAGACAGGAUACUCCACCUCUGCCAUCACUGGCAUGGUAGCAGCAGGUGCAGACUACACUGGUCAGUCCUACAGCCAUUCGCCCUACACCUCCUACAGCGAAGCCUGGAGGUUCACCAACUCCAGCAUACUGGGUUCUCCCUACUACUACAGCUCGGCCUCUCGCACAGCUCCACCGUCUGCAGCCGCCUACGACCACCUCUAGUCCCUGCUGCAUGGACAGACUUGGUGCUGAUGGACCAGACAGACUCAGAUCGGGCCGAGAGCGGAGUACGUCACAUCAUCUGACACAUCUGAUCACGGACCAAGGCAUGAAAGUCAAAACUGGAUGUGAACUUGAGACUCUGCUGACAAACCAGCAACACAUGUUUUUUAACAUCCUUUCAUGGUCCACCACACCUACUUCUGCGUUAUUUAUUUGUCAGUACUGAUACCAUUUCCCAGGGUUAACUCUGACUCAUGUACGUUUACACAUUGCAAACACUGAACUCCUCACAGGGCCUGUUUCCAGAGACUCAGCCUGACGUCUCACAUCAAGGUGCAUAUUUUCAGUAUAUAGAGCUCUUUAACGCUGUUUUUGGCCAAAGACUUUCUUUCUCGCACAUCUGCAACUUGACUCCACUGAUUCAGUGAGUAGGGAUAUGCAACUUCUUUAUACUGAACUAUGCCUGCUUUUGUUUACAAUGUUCGUUUUUUUUUACUUGUGAAUCCUGUCCUAUCAUCACAAAUUAAUUCUUUUUCUUGAUCUGUGUCUGCUUGCAAAUUCAUUUUGUAAUUUGCUUUCACUGUAAAUUCAGAUAUUCAGAGCUUUCCUGUAGUGAACAUAGACUGAAGGGUGACACAUUAAAUCACAAUUACAACAAAAUGCCCACGUAUGCCCCUCAAAGACAAUUAAUGUAUCUGUUUAGCAAUAUGUACAUAUUGUAAAUGAUGAAUUACUUAUGGGGAAGCGAUGCAAUUUUACUCAGAGAAUGACUGAUGAGGGAGGGGGUGAUUUGGCUACUAAAACCAACAAGGCUUGAAAUACAUUUGUUUUGCUUCAAAUACAUUUAGUUUGUUGUCAUGCUGAUGUUCUGAUGUUUGGUAAGAACUGUGACUAUUUUUUCUUAUACUGUUAUUAAUAUUAUUGCAGAUGUAAAUAAUGAAUUUCUAAAGAAUUAUUUUAAU